AUGUCCUCCACCGAAGACAGACUCAACGCUCUGCGUGGCUAUAAGGCUACCCUAAAUAAUCCUAAUACCUCCGACGAGGCGAAGCAGAAUGCUCAGGCCAUGAUCGAGCAACUCGGCGGAGAUCAGCCCCGGGAGGAACUCUACAACCUCCGCGGUGACGCUACUAAGGACCCUAACCGCGUGGCUGGUGGCUUAAAGGCAGCUCAAAGCAACCCUGGAGUCUCGCAACAGGGAAAGAAGGCAGCGGGCCAGAAACUGGGACAGCUUUCGGGUGAAGCUCCUGAAGAGUAA